AUGGCGAAACUCUUAUUGCCCUCAGCAGCCUUGGAAAGGCGUCCGGGCGUCCAAACACCUUGCGAAGAGGAAGACAGCGAGGCAGAUGAUGAUGCCUUCAGUUGCAAGAGCUGGGACAGAACGAGGACCCCUGAUGCCUCGACGGAAGUGAUAGGAGGACAAUUUGAGCUGGUGCAAAGAAUAGGCCGUGGUGGUGUGGCCAGCAUGCACCAAGGCAAGUGUCUGAGGACUGGCCGGCUAGUGGCCAUCAAGACCAUUUUCAAGGAAAGCACGGUCGAUCGAAAAGCUGCUUUGAGUGAGGCGGCUGUCUUGCGUGCCUUAGAUCACUCGCAAAUCAACAGACUCGUUACAGUGGUCGAGGAUGAGUUCAACAUAUAUCUUGUUCUCGAAUACUCUCCAGGCAUGGAUUUGAUGGAGAUGCUUCUUCAAUCUGGCCCGAUGGAGGAAGAGUCUGCGGCAAAUAUUAUACAACAGAUGGUGGAAGUCUUGGCAUAUUGUCAUUCGCAUGGCAUUGUGCACAGAGAUGUGAAGCCUGAGAAUAUUAUGCUUUGCGGGGAUGAGAUCAUGCUGGUGGAUUUUGGUCUGGCAGCAGAGGUUGGCAAAGUGCUUGAAGAAGGAGAAGAUGAAGGUACUCCCAUUUAUCUUGCUCCUGAAGCCCGCUGUGGGCCAGUGAGUUGCGACGGCUCUUUGGAUAUGUUUAGCCUCGGGGUGGCCUUAUUCGCGAUGCUGUCUGGUCGACUUCCCACACAUCGAGCUAGCCCUGCUUUAUCCAGCGAGUCACUUCUACCAGACGUUUCGCCAGGAGCCAGAGAUUUCCUCGCGCAACUUCUGGCAGAGCCAGCGCAACGAUUGUCAGCUUCGCAGGCGCGCGAACAUCCGUGGCUUGUCAGUUGUGGCUGUCGCAUAUGA